CCACACACAAAGGUUUUGACAGUCACACACAACACUAUGGAGAAACUUCUUAUAUUGGUUGGCAUUGUUGCUGUCAUUAAUGCAGCAUCAGUGUAUGAGUUCAACAAACCUUCAGUGCUGAAGUAUGAACCAAAGUUUAAGAAAAACUAUGGUUAUAAAAAGAUGAUAAAAGAUGAGGACUUUGGUGUCAAAACAUAUCCCAGACCUCACGAGUACUUGUCAGCAGAGGAUAUACCGGCUAGCUUUGAUUGGAGAAACAAGGAUGGAAAAAAUUACGCCAGCACAACCAGAAACCAACACAUACCUCAAUAUUGUGGAUCAUGUUGGGGAAUGGGCUCUACCAGUGCAUUGGCUGAUAGAAUCAACAUUAAAAGAAAUGGGGCAUGGCCUUCAGCUUACCUAUCCAUUCAGAAUGUGAUUGACUGUGGAGGGGCAGGAUCCUGUGAGGGCGGGGACGACAGGGGCGUGUACGAAUAUGCCCAUAAAUCUGGAAUUCCCGAUGAAACCUGCAAUAACUACCAGGCUAAGGAUCAAGAAUGUAACACAUUUGACCAAUGUGGUACAUGUACAACAUUUGGUAAAUGUAAAAGCCUUAGUACCUACAAUGUUACCAAGGUAGCUGACUAUGGCUCAGUAUCUGGUAGAGAGAAAAUGAUGGCAGAAAUUUAUCAAAAUGGACCAAUCAGCUGUGGAGUUAUGGCAACAGAUGGUCUAGAGGCCUAUGAGGGAGGGAUAUUUGCCGAAUAUCACUUGUUCUCAGAAAUCAACCACAUUAUAUCUGUGGCAGGUUGGGGUGUUUCUCCUAACGGCACAGAAUAUUGGAUUGGCAGAAACUCCUGGGGAACUCCAUGGGUAAGCCUUGCUGUAGAUGUUCUGAUGUUUACAAAGUUAACUGCCUCACUGCUUUUAGUUCAAAACCUCAGUUGGGCAGUAAAACUAGUUCAUGUGAGGGAACCUUUAACCCUUACCCAGCUAGAGGAGAGGGUUGGAGGAGGGGUACAUGUGGGGAUGCUGGAUGUGAAACAGGGACACCAAAAUACAUUUUCAAGAUUCAAGAAAAAAUACUGGAGCGGGGAUGUGGUAUUCACGGUAGGGCAGCAGAAAGUGACUGAGGGAUACUAA